UUUCCUAGGCCAUUAAAGUGGCACUUUUAAAGCAGGUCAGUCUUAAAAGAUGCCGCCGCCGCUGCCGCCGCGAGCGUCUCCUUGGCCUGAAACGUUCGGCGGUCCCCUCCCCCUCCCGCCCCCCUCCCCCGCACCUUCUCCCGCUGGAGAAGUGAGGGUGCUUGAAUGGUGAGCGGUCAGGGGACUCACUCUCUGCCAACGGGCUCGCUUCACCUUCGUGCUUUGCCUGAGAUCUCCCAAAUCCAAGUGAAAUUUGGUGUGCACAGCCAUACUGUGUAUUUGUAUCUUCUCUCCCUCUCUCCUUCUUUCCCCCCACCUUCGCCGUCUGACCAAUGCUGGGAUCUGAGAUCUAGUCGCCCCCUUCCUGCCUCCUUUCCGCCUCUCCCCACCCUUUUCUUCUCUCAUCUACACACCAUCCACCCCCACUCCCACCCACCUAAAGGGCAAAGAGCAAAGACACCCUGGAAAAGCAAGGGCUAAUUCCAUCUUUUCGGAUGGAAGGAGGCCUCGGGCAGGGAUUGUGAGUGACAACCUUUCAGGAAGAGAGAAAGAGAGAAAUCCAGAGACUGAGCUCAGGCUCUCGGGAACAACGAAGCUCUCCACUGAUCGAGAGCACUGAGAUUUUAAAUCAAAGGAACCUAGUCCUGGGACACUCACUCUGCCUGCCUGCCUGCCUGCCAUCGAAGGCAUAGGGAGCUGUGGUCGUGAGCUCCCUGUCACUGACAUCGCAGCGCUAGGUGCGCGCCCGGCUCUCCCAUUGGUAUGCAGCGACCAUUUCCCUGCAAAUCUCAAAGGUGGAAACAUUUAAACGGAUUACAAGCGUGAUUUGGUAGCCUUUCGGAAAGUUGGUGGCCAGAAGAGGAGAAGCUACAAGGCUACAGUAUGAUGGAUACAAUUCAGCCUCCCAGAGAGUUUGCCUCUCCCGCUGGGAAGCCCCUCGGAGCAAACCUCGGAGAUCCUGAGCGCUCUGCACCAUAGUUUUGUAAUCAACCACGAACGAUGAAACCUUCCAUAGCUGAGAUGCUUCACAGAGGAAGGAUGUUGUGGAUAAUUCUUCUAAGCACAAUUGCUCUAGGAUGGACUACCCCGAUUCCCCUAAUAGAGGACUCAGAGGAAAUAGAUGAGCCCUGUUUUGAUCCAUGCUACUGUGAAGUUAAAGAAAGCCUCUUUCAUAUACAUUGUGACAGUAAAGGAUUUACAAAUAUUAGUCAGAUUACCGAGUUCUGGUCAAGACCUUUUAAACUGUAUCUGCAGAGGAAUUCUAUGAGGAAAUUAUACACCAACAGUUUUCUUCAUUUGAAUAAUGCUGUGUCUAUUAAUCUUGGGAACAAUGCAUUGCAGGACAUUCAGACUGGAGCUUUCAAUGGUCUUAAGAUUUUAAAGAGACUAUAUCUACAUGAAAACAAACUAGAUGUCUUCAGAAAUGACACCUUCCUUGGCUUGGAAAGUCUAGAAUAUCUGCAGGCAGAUUACAAUGUCAUUAAACGUAUUGAGAGUGGAGCAUUUCGGAACCUAAGUAAAUUGAGGGUUCUGAUUUUAAAUGAUAAUCUCAUCCCCAUGCUUCCGACCAAUUUAUUUAAGGCUGUCUCUUUAACCCAUUUGGACCUACGUGGAAAUAGGUUAAAGGUUCUUUUUUACCGAGGAAUGCUAGAUCACAUUGGCAGAAGCCUGAUGGAACUCCAGCUGGAAGAAAACCCUUGGAACUGUACAUGUGAAAUUGUACAACUGAAGAGUUGGCUGGAACGCAUUCCUUAUACUGCCCUGGUGGGAGACAUUACCUGUGAGACCCCUUUCCAUUUCCAUGGAAAGGACCUACGAGAAAUCAAGAAGACAGAACUCUGUCCUUUGUUGUCUGACUCUGAGGUAGAGGCUAGUUUGGGAAUUCCACAUUUGUCAUCAAGUAAGGAGAAUGCAUGGCCAACUAAGCCUUCCUCAAUGCUAUCCUCUGUCCAUUUUACUGCUUCUUCUGUUGAAUACAAGUCCUCAAAUAAACAGCCUAAGCCCACCAAACAGCCUCGAACACCAAGGCCACCCUCCACCUCCCAAGCUUUAUAUCCUGGUCCAAACCAGCCUCCCAUUGCUCCUUAUCAGACUAGACCACCAAUCCCCAUUAUAUGCCCCACUGGGUGUACCUGUAAUUUGCACAUCAAUGACCUUGGCUUGACUGUCAACUGCAAAGAGCGAGGAUUUAAUAACAUUUCUGAACUUCUUCCAAGGCCCUUGAAUGCCAAGAAACUGUAUCUGAGUAGCAAUCUGAUUCAGAAAAUAUACCGUUCUGAUUUUUGGAAUUUUUCUUCCUUGGAUCUCUUGCAUCUGGGGAACAAUCGUAUUUCCUAUGUCCAAGAUGGGGCCUUUAUCAACUUGCCCAACUUAAAAAGCCUCUUUCUUAAUGGCAACGAUAUAGAGAAGCUGACACCAGGCAUGUUCCGAGGCCUACAGAGUUUGCACUACUUGUACUUUGAGUUCAAUGUCAUCCGGGAAAUCCAGCCUGCAGCCUUCAGCCUCAUGCCCAACUUGAAGCUGCUAUUCCUCAAUAAUAACUUGCUGAGGACCCUGCCAACGGACGCCUUUGCAGGCACAUCCCUGGCCCGGCUCAACCUGAGGAAGAACUACUUCCUCUAUCUUCCCGUGGCUGGUGUCCUGGAACACUUGAACGCCAUUGUCCAGAUAGACCUCAAUGAGAAUCCUUGGGAUUGCACUUGUGACCUGGUCCCCUUUAAACAGUGGAUCGAAACCAUCAGCUCAGUCAGUGUGGUUGGUGAUGUGCUUUGCAGGAGCCCUGAGAACCUCACGCACCGUGAUGUGCGCACUAUUGAGCUGGAAGUUCUUUGCCCGGAGAUGCUGCACGUUGCACCAGCUGGAGCAUCCCCAGCCCAGCCUGGAGAUUCCCACCUUAUUGGGGCACCAACCAGUGCAUCACCUUAUGAGUUUUCUCCUCCUGGAGGCCCUGUGCCACUUUCUGUGUUAAUUCUCAGCCUUCUGGUUCUGUUUUUCUCAGCAGUCUUUGUUGCUGCAGGCCUCUUUGCCUACGUGCUCCGAAGGCGUCGAAAGAAGCUGCCCUUCAGAAGCAAGCGGCAGGAAGGUGUGGACCUUACUGGCAUCCAAAUGCAAUGCCACCGGCUGUUUGAGGAUGGUGGAGGUGGUGGUGGUGGAAGUGGGGGUGGAGGUCGACCAACUCUUUCCUCUCCAGAGAAGGCCCCUCCUGUAGGUCAUGUGUAUGAGUACAUCCCCCACCCAGUUACCCAAAUGUGCAACAACCCCAUCUACAAGCCUCGUGAGGAGGAGGAGGUGACUGUUUCAUCAGCCCAAGAAGCAGGGAGUGCAGAACGUGGGGGUCCAGGGACACAACCACCGGGAAUGGGUGAGGCUCUCCUAGGAAGUGAGCAGUUUGCUGAGACACCCAAGGAGAACCAUAGUAACUACCGGACCUUGCUGGAAAAAGAGAAGGAGUGGGCCCUGGCAGUGUCCAGCUCCCAGCUUAACACCAUAGUGACGGUGAAUCACCAUCACCCUCACCCUCACCACCCAGCAGUUGGUGGGGUUUCAGGAGUAGUUGGGGGAACUGGGGGAGACUUGGCAGGGUUCCGCCACCACGAGAAAAAUGGUGGGGUGGUGCUGUUUCCUCCCGGGGGAGGCUGUGGUGGUGGCAGUAUGCUACUAGACCGAGAGAGGCCACAGCCCGCCCCCUGCACAGUGGGAUUUGUGGACUGUCUCUAUGGAACAGUGCCCAAAUUAAAGGAACUGCACGUGCACCCUCCUGGCAUGCAAUACCCAGACUUACAGCAGGACGCCAGGCUCAAAGAAACCCUUCUCUUCUCGGCUGGAAAGGGCUUCACAGACCACCAAACCCAAAAAAGUGAUUACCUCGAGUUAAGGGCCAAACUUCAAACCAAGCCGGAUUACCUCGAAGUCCUGGAGAAGACAACAUAUAGGUUCUAACAGAGAGAAGAAAAUAUAUUAGUGCUUUUCUUUCCCCCCCAAAAGAAAAGGAAAAUAAAAGAAAUAUAUCCCUUGCUCCCUUUACACUUGUCCCAAUAACUCCAUCCUCACGAUCUUCCCUACCCUGAACAAAACUGAAACCGCAUGAUAACUAGAGAAUACAGAUGUAUGCUCUCCCCUCUCAGAUGUGAUUUGGAGGAAGGGCCAUACUCAGAUCAUUAAUCAAUGAAGUGCCUUCGCAGACUUUUGCCAGCAAAUGUUAUCAUUAUUUUUUUAUACUGAAACUUGAGACUUUGACUGUGCCAUGUAUAAGGUAUACCGGGGAUCAUUGUAUGGAUCCUAAUUAAGUAAAACUCAAUGUGUCUUUUUAUUUUCAGUAACUAUUUUUUUUUUAGUUGUAGUUUUGUUUUAAAGGGAGGGGGGAAACAAGUUGACAUUUGUCAUUUGUGGCUUUCUUUCUUCUCAUCAUGGCACAGAUUCUGUACAUGUAUUAACAAUGCAGUUUGCUGCAUGCCUGGAAACUGCAAGACGGGGAGGGAGGGGGCGGGUCUUGCUCGAAUGUUCUCACUCACUAUCUUGUCUCUCAUACACAUAUCCAUCUGCAAACCGUGAUCCCUAAACCUGCAGUUUCUUCCUACUGGUGCAGGUACACACACACACACACACACACACACACACACACACACACACUCCGUACCAUUCCCAUUCAACCCAAUCUGCUUAGUUCGGGUUUGAUCCAUUUUUCUCCUCUCCAUAGUUCCACUACCCUUCACUGCUAGUGUACAGCUCACAGCAUCUCUCCUAUCACCCUGGGAAAAGUCACAUUCUAGGCUGGAUUCUACCGAAGUGGAGGCCUGGUGGUUUAACAGCCGAAGACACGCGCCUAGGGGUGAGCACCCUCUUUGUGACACUUCAUCCUGAUGCCAAGAUUUUUUGGAGAACAUCUGCACUUUCUUAUAUAUAUAUAUAUAAUAUUUAAAAACAGCAACUGGGUAUAUAUCACUAACAGCUUUGUAGGAAGCACUUUUAAUGUUUUCUCUCUCACACACAAAGAUUCAAAAGAAAUGUGCAUAUAUUUAUUCUGUAAUUUCAGUGAUUAUAAAUUGUAAAGGUAAUGUUUAAUCAUUGUAUAGUGAUUAUGCGUCUGGUAUAGCUUUCCUAAUAAAAAGUUUUUGAAAAACAUAAUACAUUAUAUAUAGAGGAUACAAAGCUUGAACCUUAAACUCCAGCUAUGCCAUGCCUUUCAUGCUCCCAUUUUAAAAAAUGAUUUCUUUUACUUGUUACACAGAAAGUAAUUUAUUAACGGGUUUGAUGCACUGUGAUGUUGAUAAAUCUUAUAUCCCACCAUCUCUAUUCCAAACCAGGAUACAAUUGAGACUUAAAAUCUGACUUACAGUUUAUUUUUUUUCCUUGACUUAUGAAUUUCAAUCUUAGUAACCAAUGAUGCACGUUUCCUAGGCAAGAUGCAAGGGGGAGAAAAUAAAAUAACUAGAUCACUGAGAAGUACAGGAUUAAUUAGGAGAACGUAAUCAAGGAUCCGUACAUCUUAAUAGAUGACAUAAAGAAAUUGGAGAAUAAAAUUGCUAUUGUUUUUAAAAUAUGUAGUCCAAUUACAUCACCCUCCUACACCCACACGCUUCCACAUACACCCACACAACCCAGUAAAUAUCAAAGGCCUUGGCCUUGGAGCCAAUUAUAUGGCCAGAAUCCUGUGAAAGCUGUCACUUACAUUUGACUACUAUUUUCCAACCACUGACAACAACUGGCCCCAAUAACGUUUGAACUAAGUCAGAGGAUGCUGAAUGAGUUUUUCGUCCUAUGACAUUAAAAUUAUGUUGAAAAAAUAACCUGACAACAAGCCAAGUUUAGAUCCAUUUAUAUGUGAGCGAAACCAAAGAAUACUGGAUUUUUACGGCGCCGGUAUCAAAUUGGUGGAGGAAACUUAAGAAAACAGACCUAUGAGGCAGGCACUUAUCAAAGUAGGCCAUUAGAGGGCAGCAGAGCUCCAGAGAGCCACAGACCCAGGACCUGCAGAACUGUGCAGUGAGGCCGGUGUUCUCCGCUAGUGUUUCCUCAAAGUGCCCAUAGUAGGAAUUAUCAUUACGUGUUGAAUGUAAUUCAUCACAAGUCACUGAUGCCUUAUAUCACAUUUUUUUUUCCACAAAAAGAGAAUGAGUCUAGCAGUUUCUGAAGGUGUGUCACUACUAUAGCAUGAAGCCAUUGUAGUAACAAAAUGAAAGCUCCAUGAAUGUCUACAAGAGUAUAUUUAUAUUUCUCUUGAUUCAUUAUAUAGAAAUGUCAGCAUAGGUAUGCAUAAAAAUAAAAAAAAAGUGUAUCCAUAUAAAAUUGCAGUUUUGGGGCACUUGACAAACUUUUAUGCUCAAUUAUUUGAAUAUAUUUUGGAAUUAUUUUAGAAGGAAGAAGCCCAUGAACAUCAUCCACUUUAUCUCUCUGUGUGAUAUUGAAGUGAAGCUCUUAUGCAGAAGACUCAGGCCCACUAUUAAAUAGGUGUCAUUCUUCUUUUUUGUUUUAUCUUCUCCUUUUCUUUCUUGCUUUCUUUACUUUCCCACAAAUCACCUUUCUUCUAGUUAUCCCACCUCCUUUAUUCUUUCUAAUUAUCUGUCUCUCUCUUUUUUUUUAAGGUACAUAAAACCAAUAUUACACUUUAAGUGUUUUAAAGCCCAAUUUAUAGAGUCUCUGAACUAGCAAUUUAUCAUACUUCUGUUCCUCCUAAUCAAAUGGUUUGGGGAAUAAUAGAAAGCAUAUGCAUAGUAAAAACUUAAAAGUGCAAAGCUAGAUGCUUCAGAUAAUAGUCCUCAUUUCUUUAAUGAACAUGUACAUAUUCAUAACACAGCAUAUUAUACGAAUCAGGCUAAAGUACAAUCUCAAAAAGACCCUGGUGCUUUCAGCAUUUGAGAAAUGAGCGUCCAUAAAUGAUAUCAAACUACAAUAUAACUUGAUAAUUAUAAUGUUUGUAUUUUACUUAUGAAAUACAGAAAGUAAGGCUGUUUGGUCUUAAAUAUAGUUGGUACUUUCACCCUUGAAUGAGAAAUACAUUUAUUUAUUUAGUAAAAAUAAAUUUAUACGAGAACGAAAUUUUGUAUUUAAGGGAAUAGUUUUUUGCUUUUAUGGAAUUUUCUACCCCCUGAUUAGGACAUUUAUUUUUACUGUGCAUUAACAUUACCUAAGUUAGUUUCAAUUUAUAAUACCAGAUCUGUUUUCAUUAAACAUGAUGGAUAUUAAUGUAGGUACUAUGAUUAUAAUAUGUUUUAUGUUUUUGCUGCAGUAAAAUACUUAUUUUUAAGAAAAAGAGUACUAAUUCACUUCAUUGUGAUGACUAACUUAACUGAAGCAGACCCAGUUCUGACAGAUAUUUGCUAUUAUUCAUUGCUAUUUUUAUUACUAAGUAUAGUAAUAAUAUUUAGAAAUAAUAAAAAUAUUGUAAUAUCUCAAACUAUAAGAGGAUUAGUGAGAAAUAAUUGGAAAUUAACUAUUAGUUUAAUUCAAUAACAAUUUUAACAUCAUGUUAUACAUCAUAUGUGGUAUUAUUUAUGUAGAUGUUUUUAUAUUUUUAUUUAGAAUGCUAUAUUAUUUUAUCUAAUUGCAAAUACUUAAAAAUAAGGAUGAUGAACACUAUAAUUUUAACAAAGUUUAGAGAGAGAGAAUCAAAAGGAAAAUGUAAUGACUGAGCUUGAAGAUUUCUUUUUAAACCUGGCAGUAUUACUUUAAACCCUUCAUAUUUGAAAAGAAUAUGUUUAGGUUUAUGAAAAUUUAUAAUGCAAUUAUAGAACAAAAGAACUUUAACUAUCGCAACACAUUAUUUUGAUUCACUUAGUGUAAAUUCAUUAUUCGUACAGUCCUGUCCUUUUGCAAUUACGUUGUCUAGGCCAAUAAAUGUUACACUUUUGUGAAAUGGCUAUGACAAAGGAAGCAUUAAUGAAAUGCUACACAAAAUUUGAGAAAUACGACUAUAACAAGUCAAGAUAAUGUGAGAGGAAAUGGUAAUCAAUGGACACUCCAUCUUAAGUGAUGUGAGCUAGUUUCAUUUGAACUUAGACAUUUAUAACUUAGCUCAAAAUUUUCAACUGUGAAUAUUCAGGUGAACGGAACACAAAUAAGUAUCACUAAAAUCACCGUAUUCUCUUCAAUAUACUAUGUUCUGUUUAAUAUACUAUAGGCCUUUUAAAAGUAAUAGGAGCAAUAACACAUGUGUAAUUGGGCCAUUGUGUGUGUGUGUGUGUUUGUGUGUAUAUAUAUACUACUAUUAUAUAUGUAUAUACAUUGUAUAUACAUGUAUAUAGUUUAUAUAUGCUGAAUUUUACUUCUAUGUAAAUUACACAUUUUUUAUUACAUGUAUAACAAUUUCUGUUUUAUGCAUUUAUUUUUCUUGCUUCUGUCUAACUACCAUCCAAGAGAAGCUGGAUUAAAUUACGAGUCUUCACUUUUGGAAUAUUCACAUGUAAAAAGUAACACUGUAAUUAAUAUUUCUGAAUUUAAAAGUUAUGUUAUCUUCCAAUUUGUUUCAUUUUGUUAUUUAAAUCAUAAGGGAUACGUCUCAGUGACAUUGUGAUUUAUUUUAAGUCUUCAGAGUAUAGGAACUAAUUUCUUCAUAUAAGUAUGCAACAUAAGUCUAAUAAAAAGCAAGUACUUAUUUUUCCAUUUUUCUAUUUAUAGAACAAAUUUUACAGGUAAAAACAAUUUUAGUAACUUCAUUAAUUAGACAAGACCUUUUAAAUUUAUCUAAGUCUGUAGGAAAAGUGAGAUAUUUAGGGUGAAAUAUAAAAGAAGGUCCAGUUUAAGACGUCCAACAUCCUGUUUUACUUUUAAAACAUCAUCCUGAAAUUAAAAUGUUUGAUGAUAGUAGUAAUAAUAAUAAACAAAUAUUACCAUCUUUAGUUUGCUUAUAGGGAAUCUGAAUUGAAGGGACAUAUUUUUUUAUAUGGAGAAAUCAAGUGUAUAACAGGGGUUGGUAGUUGUGAAGAGGCAACAUGUUAUGGCCAUCUUCUUUAAUUUUGGUAAUUUUUACUCCUGAUAAUACAUAUUAUUGAAAAAAUGUAUUUUUUUCUAUUGCACUUACAUAGAUGAAUUUUUACAUUAAAAAUUCUAAUAAAAAAUAAUUCUUGUGGUGGAUUUCAAAGAUACACAGCCCAAAGGCAUCAUAAUAAAUUUACAAUUUGACCCAAACUAACUCCUAUAGUACCAUUAAACUUUAAAACACAAUGAAUGUUAGUAAAAAGAAGCCUUUCUUCUUCACCACCCAGUAACAGAAAGGCUCAGCAUGCCUAAUUAAAUGUUUCUUUAGUAUAUUUAGUCUAUCUACUUACCAGUAAGAUGAGUAGUACAAUGAAUUGAUGAGUUUGCAAUGUAUUAAGUUGUAUCAAAACCAAACAAAUUGUAUUAAGAAGAAUGUGCCAUUGACUUAGAUAAAAACAAACAUGAAUACUUUAUUUUGAUUCAAUUAUAACAAUUGGGAGAUUGUUCUCUUGAUAAUGCAAGGUACUCUAUUACUUAUAUUACAAUGUGUUAUAUGUGAAGACAGAGUUUUUGUAUUUCUGAUACAUUUUGCUAAGAACUUGUAGGUUUACAGUCUUUUUGAAUGACGAAGCACUAUAUAAUUACUUUUGGUAGCUUUGAAAGAAGAGCAUAACUUCCCCAAACCUGGGCGUGUCAAAGUCAACUCUGAAAAAAAAAAGAUUUUGAAAGAAAGAUGUCACCUGAUUGUAUGGAGAGAUGGAAAGAAGGCAGAACUCAUUGCUUUCACUAUUCCUGACAUCCCUGCUUCUACUUCUGUUUCUGACUCAGUGCCAAGAUAAUCUUAUGACUAAGGGCGUAUUCAUUGAGCUCAAAUCAGGUGUCAAAGCAAGAUCAGGGAUUGAUGACAUUUCUCAUAUCAA